CAAGCCGUGGCACACGCGCUAAAGCCAGCCAGCCAGCAAGCCACACCAGUGUAGCCCGGGCUCACGCGGCUACCUGAAUGUGUUGUGGCUGGCGCGUUGGGAGGAUCGAGGCUGUUUGAGCAGGGGGUGGGUGGGUGGAUGGGAACGGGGUCAUUCUUGCGCGCAGAAGGCGGUGUCGCCGCCUCUUCAAAGCGAAAAAGAAUCCAACAUUUAAACCCCUGGCCGCAACUCGGAACAGGUGUAGUAGGGUAGAUGAGGAUCACCCUGUGAAGCCCCCCCCCACCCCUCGUCUGUGUUCUACCCGGCGAGAUUCUCGUGUGCUGCAGCCAGGUGUCGUGACGAUGGUGGCAAUGGCGUGAUUCAACAACGUAAGCUGCGGAUGAAUUGAUCGCAGGGAUUGAUCGAUCAGUGAAUGAAUGGUUGGUGAUCUGCGAAGAGGCAUCGGGUGCUGGUGCGAUUGGUCUUAUGAAGUCGGCACUGAUAUUCAGUAGUUUAUCAAUUAGGUAGCAAUCGACAAGCAAGUAAUAAGAUUGCGAACAACCGAAAACAAUACUGUCAACGUAAUUGUAUUUUUUAAUGAUAGGCUAUAGACUCAUGCAGCCUAGAGACACCCGUCCGUCAGCAGUUGGAGUUGUAUCAGAUUGAGAAUUCCAUCUGUGUCCAGAGGUGUAGGAGGAUAUCCGCAGACUCCAUCAUCAUCAUCAGCAGCAAUAUCAACAUCGCCCCGAAGAGCAGAAUCGGAAGCGUUAUUCAACAGCAUAACCUGCAGCAGCGAAAUCAUCAUCAGCAACAGCAACAACAGCAGCGGCUUCACCACACUGGUCUCUCAAGGCUCGAGCGAUGAACAUUGAGCAUCACCAGGAGCUGACUCUGCUCUACCCGGCCAUGAGGGUAAAGGGGGCCUUCUCGCCUUUCCGCCGCAAGAAGGUGCUGCACCGACACGUGAGGACCAUCUUCGACAGCACCGGCAGCGACCCGAGGCUGCGGGAGGAGAAGGGAGAGGGCCAUGAGUUCCGACCCUACACCAACCCGCAGUUCUGCGACCUCUGCGGCGAGUUCAUCUGGGGGGUCUACAAGCAGUCCCUACGCUGCCGGAUCUGCAAGUUCACGUGCCACCACCGCUGCCGCGAGCUCAUCCGACUGGACUGCCAGAGGCAGCGCUCCCAGCUGGGCAGCACCUCCGAGCAGGAACUCGACGAGGAUGGCAAGGUGGAGCAGGUGCAGAGCCAGGUGCUGUCGCGGGAGGAGAUCGAGCAGAAGAUCAAGCUGUACAACUUGCGCAGCAGCAGCAAGACCAGCAUGGUGCAGCAGGAGAACGGGACGUUCACGGGCUUCAUCAAGGUGCAGCUCAACCUGCAGAGGCCCGUCUCCGUGGCGGACGACGGGCGGGCCCACAAUGCACUGCUGCAGCCCGUGGCGGCGCCCGGCCCGGCGGGGGGGGGUGGCGGCAGCGGCACGUGCGAAAGCACGGCACGACGCACGACCUUCUACCUGCCACGCGGCACCGAGAAGCAGGUCCACCUGAGCAGCACCAACACGGCGCGCGAGGUGAUCGAGGCGCUGCUCCGCAAGUUCCAGGUGAUGGACAACCCACGCAAGUUCGCCCUCUUCCAGCACUCAGGGCCAGACGGGCAGGUGUCCAAGCGCAAGCUGAGCGACGAGGAAAACCCCCUGCACCUGCGCCUGCUGAACGGACCCGACCAGACGGCAAUGCGCUUCGUCAUGCAGGAGAACGAGACCGGCGAGGUCAUUUGGGAAGCCUUCACCGUCCCAGAGCUGCAGAAUUUCCUGCGGAUUUUGAAACGGGAAGAGGAUGCGUACGUGCUCAAGGUCCAGGAAAAGUACGACGGCUAUCGCCAGAAGCUGGUGGAGGCUCUGGCCACACGCAAGCCCGGCUGAGCCUCCGCCCUACCGCAGCGGAGCCUCGCGAGGUGUCGUCUCGCCAGCGUCGCCACGGGAAAGUGGUGGAAAACGUCGGUGAAGAGAAAACCCGCUGGGAAGAAAAGUCACGACGACGACAACGACGACGACCUGCACCCAAAUCUGAAUUGUAACGUGACGUGGUGGUGGUUGGGGGGAUUGGGUGUGGGGUUUGAGAGGAAUGUAUAUAACAUCGGGGGGUAGUGUUGUGGUCUGUAAGGUCAUGUGAUGUAACGCGUGUGUAGGAAGCACGGAAGAUCAAUGGUGUGCGGUGUUUGGAAUAUGUAUGUAUGUAUCUUGAGCUUAUUUCGCGCCGCACGUAGCCAACCGUGCUAAUGGGAGGCGCAAAUAGUGUCGGUGUGAGAUGCGGGUGGCGUGGGUAUGCACUGAAGGGCGAGAGUGCGAGUGCGAAGCAGGCUAGCGCUUGAUUGAGGAGGUGCACCCUUGUGGGCCAUGUCCUGCCAAUUUGCUCUCUCCGCAAGCGAGAUCAAGAGAAGCACAAAAGGCGGAGGGAUGGGGUUCGGUGGCCGAGGUUAUGGGUGAUGCGAGGUGCAAAACUAGUCGUCUGCGCUGAGGAAACUGAGCUGAAUGAAAGUCAUUUCUAUGAAAUUGCCAAGGUUGGGAAUUUUUCAUGCGAAAAAGUUGGUAAAGUUGGAUUCCUUAAGAAUCUGUGUGGAGUUGAGUGAGUUUUAAAGCAAAAAAAAGGUCAAUGUAUAAUUGCAGGGAAUGUUUAUGUUUAAAUGUCUGUGAACUGUGUGCUGUACUGUUUAUUAUAUUAACUCCCCUCCCUCCCCCAUUUCCUAGAAAAUUUACAUAUAAAUACUGCAUUAAGGAACAGAAAAAAAGACAGAUUCAAUACUUAACGUUUUAUUAAAAAAUGUAUCUAUAGGAUGUGGGCGUUGCUGGUAGACCAGCAUUUACUGCCCAUCCCUAGUUGCAAUGCGCAAGGAGGUGGUAGUGCCGUGGAUUUGUCCGUGCCCUGCUCCAGUCGUAGCAGCCGGGCUGCCCUCUUCCCCACAACGCUGUUCAAUAGGAGUUUCAGGAUUCAGGUCCGGCGUUGAUGAACUGAGCGGUGGCAAUAAAUAUCCUGGGUCGGGGCUGACGUGUGACUCGUAGGGGAAUUUAGAAGUUGGGGUGGCAUUCCCACCACACAGGUUGCUAAGUUUGGGAGGUGCUGCUGGAGCUGCUUUGGUGCAGUGCAUUCUGGAGACCGUGCGCGCACUGCAGCUGCAGGACGCCCCCCAGGGAUGGCAGGGGUAGAUAUUUACACAUGGCGAGGUGCCAAUAGAGCAGAUCGUUGUCCUGGAUGGUGGCGAGCUUCUUACGUGUCAUCGGAGCUGCGCUCAUCUAGGCAAGCGUAGCGUACUCCAUGACACCCCUGCCUUGUCCCUUGUAGAGUAGCGGAGAGGCUUUGGGGAGAAAGUAGAUAGGGCCACUUGCUGCAAGAUAGACAGCCCUCUGACCUGCUGUUGUGGCCAUGGUAUUUAUGUGGCUGGUCCAAUUGAGUUAUUUUUUUGUCAAUGGUGACCCCCAAAAUGUUGAUGGCUGUGGGACUCUGCGAUGGUAAUUCCAUUGAAUGUCAAGGGAAGGUGCUUGGGCUGUGUUAUUGGCCACUUUUCAGCCCAAGCCUGGAUGUUAACCUGGCCCUGUCAAUUGCUAAAUUGUUCACCAUUCUUGGCUGGGUGUGGUAGGAUUGCAGAGCUUUAACUUUGUUGGUUGUGGGAUCCCUUAUCUCUGUUUAUAGCAUGUUGGUUUUGUUGUCGAGCAAGCAAGUAAAAUUGUGUUGAAGCGUCUCCAGGUUUAGGUAUGUUGCUGCUGUUGGCAUUGCCCUUCUCUAUGCUCCUCGUUGAACCGGGGUUGGUCACCUGGCAAGAUGGUCAUGGAGGAGUGAGGAUAUGUUGGGUUAUGAGGUUCAAUAUCUUGGUGGUAUACGAUCUAGUCGCUGAUGAUGGUCCACAUCGCCUCAUGGAUGCCCCAGUCUCUCGAGCUACUAGAUCUGCUCGCAAUUUGUCCCCGCUUAGCACGGUGGUGGUGCCGCACGAGACAUGAUGCUACGUGUCCUCGGUGCAACAACGUGAGCUGGUCUCCACCACAAGGUCUAUGCGGUGGUCACUCCUACCGAUGCUGAUGGGCAGAUGCAUCUGCGAGAGGUAGAUUCGUGAUGACAAAGGUCAGGUUAGUCACUCCCCUCGUGUUGGUUCUCAAACCGCCUGCCACAAGUUCAAGUUCAAGUCCCGGUCUGGCAGUUGUGUCCUUCUAGACUUGGUCAGUGGUGGUGGUGGAGGACAUUGAAGUCCCCCCACCCAGAGGACAUUUUGUGCCCUUGCUGCUCUUAGUGCUUCCUCCAAGUGAUGUGCAAUAUGGAGGAAUAGUGACUCUCAUCAUCGGCAUAGGGGAGGGGACGGUAGGUGGUAAUCGUUAGAAUGUUUCCUUGCCCUUGUUUAUCUUGGAGCCAUGGAACUCCGUGGGGGUGCAAAUGCGACGUUGACGACACCCGAGAUUACUCCCGUGUGUGGCUUUAUACCCAACUUGUCGUGGGUCUCCUGCCUGGCCGGUGGGCCAGGACACGUGGCAGAUAGAUUUGUGCUAAAAGUGGCUAUAAGUGGGAUUGUAGAAAAAUAUGAACAGAUUAUAUAAACAAAAGGAAUGUUAUGGAUGUGCAAUACGACGAGUGUUCUACGCUGGUUCUGAUGAACUAAUUUGCGUGGCAUGUUUCGAGACUGCUUAGAUUAAGUCGGUAGGAAAUAAUUAGGUCUUAGAAGUGGGGAAUGGAAGGGCUUGGGGAGGGACCUGCCUGCUGGAUCACAAGGGCUAUCGACGACACUACUGGGGUUGGAACGAGUGUUGUCUCUGCCAUAGACGAGCGCACACGCACGCACACACGCGGUAGCCGGGAGGUUUAUUCACCUUAAUCUUGCAUGCUCGAGGGGAAUUCUUCUCCCCGUAGGUCGAUAUAAGUUAAUAUUGUAUUUAAAUAAGUAAUACAGUUCAGUAAACGGAUACAACUGUAAAUGAGAAGUAAAUACGAGUAGUUUUGGUAAUAAUUUUAUAAGCAGCAACUAUUGGGCUGUUAGUGAAUUUAAUUCUGCUUUAAGUGCCAAGCCACUUUGCAAUCAAUUGAAAAUGUAACUUGAGUUUUUGAAAUAUGUUCUGAAAAUGUGCAUGUCCGUGUUGGGUGUUCCACAUUUUCAGCUUUUGAGUGGCUAAACAAUAAUUGUUGAAACAUGAUUCGCUAAGAAAGCUUCACCGAUGCGCGACAACGAUUGCCCAAAUUGGAGUAAGCGUUGCCAAAAUCUGAACAGGUGGAACUCUCUGCACAGUGAAUGGUAAUGCCUGUUCUGUCUGUCUCGUGCUCUUCGUGUAUCGUAUGGCAAGGCUUGAGCAGCAAUGUUUAUACAUGUUCACGUCGUGGUUGGCGAGUGAGCAAGUGGACGGGCGGCUGUCGGGGAGUGGCCUGGUGAAUGUCUGAAAUGCCCCCCCUAACCCCCCCAUGUACGUACAGUUGUUAAAAGCUCUGGGGAAUGGAAUAAUGUUUUAUUUUACUUUACGAACGCGCAGCGUGGGCGUUCACCUGUCAAGCUGACAGCCGCCGCGGUUAAUGUUACGUCGGAGCCCCCGUUGCAAGCUGACCAACCUCGACACGUGGCGAUGCGGCGAAUGAGGUUUUAAACGCGACCAUUUAAGCUGUUGCCAGCAGCAGUUUUAUCAUUAAUCACGGGGAUUCGAAAUCUGCGGUAGCGCCACUGUUGUUCAUCGUCAUUGGUUAUGACCAUCAUCGGCCACGAUCCAUCCACUACUGGAUGAUGGCCUCCCCCACAUAGCGGUGAGGAUCGUUUGACCAUACUUCACCACACCGAUGAAGAAAAUCGAGUGAACAAAAACUCGCAGAAACAAAAUUCGUGGGCGGCGGCGGUGGCCGCGCUCCCCCCCCCCGUGUCGUUUUGUGUCUCUCACAAAUUUGAGUGACUCAAAGGAUGGAGGCGCUUUCUUGUUUGUUUGUUUGUUGUCGUCUGGACGUUUGGUUCAUUCGAGGCGGCAAUACUUGCGAUACAUUGAAGGCUCUCUCGUAGGCUGUUCCCUGGGGGAGGGUGGGGGGGGGUUACAGAUGAUUAAUUGCACAUGUAUUUAUCAGCAUUAGCCGCUAACGGUGGGAAGGAGUCGUGGCUGGUGAUAAUGUGAGGGUUAAUGAGGGGUCGACACGAGGGGUAAUUGUGAUCUUGGUGUUUAAUUGGCCUGGAAAUUACAUUAUCCGCAUCUAACGUUCUUAGGUUCUUUAUUCAUUAGGCAUUACAUUGGUGCAGACACCCAUUAGAAUGCAUGGUCAUGUUACAAUAACACAAAAAAUCCUGUUUGAUCUUUUAGGCAUGUAAGUAUGUUGAACUUCUUUUGAACCAUAUGUAGCCAACCAUACUAAUUGGAGGUACAAUCUCUAUGUAGGCAUUCUGAUAGCCGAUUCCUACAAAAAUAUUGAGAUUGAUAAUUGUUUAUAAGCCUAAUUCGCGACAGCUCACCCACGCUAAUAUUUAGCAAAAUUAUCGAGAUUCAUUUUUGCAAGGAGACCAAUCAAACUUUAUAUGGCGCGGUAGCAUGCAGGGUGUGAAUAAUGUGUUCGGCACAGUCUAUACAUAAAUAUCCAGUAAUGUAUGCAAUGCGUUACAUAGGUGAAUAUUAUUUAUAGGGUGUUGGUUUAUAAUAACGUAGCAUGAUUUUUGUUUUGUUGUAGCAAAUGGGCGCAUCCCCGCUGUAGAAAGAAUUGCAAUCAAAAGUGACGCCUCAAUUCUCUGGCUCUCCUAUUGACCGCGUCUCUAAGCAAAUAUUAUAUUUAAAGAAAAAAACACUUACACGAAUGUUUUACGAAGACCCACAUCCACAAUUCUCGAUUUUAAGUGCCCGAGUUGUCAGAGAGCAAAGGCUACGACUAUUGAGUGACUUAUAAGAGAGUAGCUCGUCAGAAAAAAUAAGUGGGGGGAGAAUUUGGCAACACAUUGCAUGAAUUUAGUAAUGCUGAGAAACGCGAUUUAAACUCGUACAGUUGUGUACAAUUAUCAUUUUUCUGACAAAUCAAUAAGUGUUUUUUCGGUAAAAUAUGCCUGCGUUCGGUUCACUUGGGUGUUUAAAAGCUCCAGGGCCAAUUAAAUCAAUCAAACUGUCAAGAGCCAACACCCUUUCAUUCGAUCUGCAAACGAAGUUGCGUCCAUUAGUCCGCAGUUCUCGGAAGCAGGAGGCAAGUGCGGUCAUGGUAUAGUUGGUGGGAGGUGGGGGGAGUGGACUGAGCAGCAUUCGGUGCCCAAUUUCAAUGCAUUCUCUCUUAAAGAGAGGCCCCACGGCUUGCCCUGCUGCCCAAGCCGUACAGAGGUGGCUUUCACGUCGUUUUUGGCUUGGGGCCCAUGUGAGAGGGGACACGUGGAGGCGAGGCAGGGGGGGGGGGUUGACAGCUGGGCAGCAAUGCACGUCGGUGAGUGGGGGGGGGGCCAUACAAGAAGCCCCACUCCAGUGCCUUAUAUGUACAUGCAAUAAGUCACCGCGUGGAAGGCAAAGGCUUAUUUGGGCAAAGUCGGUGUUGGGCAGCUUGGCCGCGUGCGUUGCACUUAUCUGCUCCGUGGCAGGCAUUUGAUGGCCGCGACGCAAAUGACACGUGGCCAUCCCAGCAGCGCGUGCUAUCUGUCCUAAGUUCGACCAUAUUAUUAUCAUCCCCGACGUUGAGUGCUGCAUGCCACGGCGUGACGUUUGGGAUAUAAGGCUCCGUCUAAUCUCCGUUAUAUGGGUGGGGGUCCCAGGUUCCUGGGCCCAUGUCCCAUCGAGCAGUGGGUGGAGGGGCCUAUGUGGUGAUUCACGAAUAUUUGGUGAUUCUCCACAUAUGCUUAGGUUUUUUCGGUAAAGUCACGUAGGUAAAAAAAUUAAAUUAAUAAAAGUAAAAUACAUGUGACCGUGACGCCGGCCUGCAAUGGCUCUCCAGCAAACGUUGAUGUUGUUUAGACUCGAGUGAAACUGCGGGUGGGCGAUCAUUCUUCUAAAAAUGAACAUAGCACUGUACUUUAAAUUACAACAUUUUGGCUACCACAGUCUUCUUGCAGAUGUUGCCAGUUACAAUUUCCUGAUUGCACUGGUGUGUUUUUUGUUGUAAACAAAGUGGUAAAUAAGAGUUGCACUGUUUUAACUUUGGCUUUAAGUGACGCCGCAGUUUGUGCUACUUUAAAAUAAAGUGGUGGCCGUAUUGGAGGGGCGUGUGGCCAAUCACAUGCGAGUGUUAUUCAUUAAAUUGGAAUUAUUUUAAGUGAAUACAUUGAGAUUAUAAAUGACGACUCGAGAGGUGACUCUUCGCAACCAUUAAUCGUUUGGCAUUCAUGUCGGUCUCGCUUUUACACUCGCAUGGAUUUGGUUUUUACGAUGCCCUUAAUUGAAUCUGUCAUUGCUGCACCCAAGUCAACAUAUAUCGAGCGUGUAUAUAGAGCGAUUAAAAUAAUCCCCGUAGGUAAUGUUUACUGUUGAACAGUAUAAAUAAAUAAAUGGUACUAGAUGUAUAAAAAAAAUCUUUAAACGUAGAGGCAAUUGGGGAACAAUGUUAUUGCUGUUUCUAAGGAUUUCUAUAUUGGUAUUAUUUUGUAAUAAGUUACUGUAUUUGUAUAUGUUUGUCCCUUGUUCUUUCUGUUGCUCACAAAUGCGACUCACCCCCCGACCCCCACCUUGACCAAAGCCUAUUUAUAACGAAGGAAGUGCGUUUUUUUUGUAUUGGACUUGCGUUGUUGAGAAGUGUACGGCACGCGCACUAAAGGACAAACUUUUAACGGUGCCACCUGUGAAAAUAAAGCGUGCAGCAGGCCUUUGCACUGUUUCUAAUAAAACGCAAUAAAAAUGUUUUGCA